AUGUUUUCCCUGGCAUUGGCUCUAAUCUUCCUGUUCGAUCGCGAAGUUUUUGGUAAGCCUGCCACAGAUCCGGAACUGCAGUCGGAAUAUUUUCAAGGAGACAUCAUAGGUGUGCCCUUUCGAUCCCGAAACGGAAUAAGCAACGCGAUUUUUCACUGGCCGAACGGCAUUGUGCAGUAUGUAAUCGAGGAUAACGACUUUGGCGAAGCACAUCGUCGGGAAAUCCUUAGGGCCAUUUCCAUCAUAGAGGCAAAGUCGUGUGUUGUUUUCAAGCCAGCCACCGCAGAAGAACGUUCCAAGGCGCUCGUCAUUACUUCGAAAGGAGCGGGCUGUAAUUCCGUUUAUUUGGGCUUCAGGAAUCGGGUGCAAAUAGUGAACCUACAAAUUUAUCCGCUCGGAGAGGGUUGCUUUCGUAUCGGUUCCAUAAUACACGAACUCCUCCACGUCCUAGGAUUCGAGCAUCAGCAUGUGGCAAGCAAUCGGAACGAGUACGUUCGCAUCAAGUGGGAAAAUAUUAAUCCGGAGUACAAAAUUAAUUUCGUUAACGAGGACAAAUCUACCUCGUGGCACGACUUUGGUGAGGGCUACGACUACGAAAGUGUCAUGCACUAUAUUCCCAAGGCGUUUUCCAAAAACGGUCUGCCCACAAUUGAGCCCUUGAAGGAAGGGGCCACGAAUAUGGGUCAGCGACUCUACAUGAGCGAAAAGGAUAUUCGGAAGCUGAACAAAAUGUACAAGUGCCCCGGUUAUGUCUAGGCAACAUACGAUAUUUCGAUUUAAAAUGUUAUUAAACUGUUCUUAUGCUUAAACUCAACAAACUUUAUUC